ACAGAAGAGACAAAGACUCGUCUGAAAAACAAGCCUAUCAUCAAGAGCCACAGGCAUUGCUAUCAAACGUGGCGGUAAGGUGGCGAUUGAUAUGUGUGCGUCUUUUCAAAAUCACUAUCUUCGCUUUGAAGUUCACUCGCUAUAUUCCAUAGCAUCUCCCAUACAUUCGAUUUUUUUCUUAAACUCUCCACGAAAAAAAGGAUAAAUUUUCAAACUUUUCUGUGGGUCUCAGCUUUUCUUAUUGAACCCUAAUUUUGAUAACAGUCAGAGUGGAUAUCGUAAAAUUUGUGGCUUUUCUCCUCUUUCUAUCUUACUCUUUCAUCGACUCAAGCUUUUACCUUUUUAACUCUUGGUGGAGUUGUACAGUUUAAACCUUUGAUAAAUUCUCGGAGACUCCGAGUUUGUCUCGCAUGUGGAUUUGAAUACUGAAGAAACAAUGUCUGUGGAAAGAUCUUUGGAAGCUUGGGAAGAGGUUCAAAGACAUGGACAUGACCUAGCUGAUAGACUUGCUCAGGGCUUUAACGGUUUGAUUCAUAUCAACCCACCUUCGUUUCCAUCGAAGCUAUUCGAUCUCGAGUUCUCAAGUCAGCAUUUCGGGAUUAAGGAUCCUAAGUUCUUCACCGACCAACCUAUCAAUGGCGUUUCGGCGAUUGUUGAUAUUGGGAACAAGAUUGGUCAAGCUGGUGUUGAUUUUGGCGCUGGAUUAAAUGUCAUGGUUCAUCAAUUCUUCAGAAGGUUGCCUAUACCGUUUUGGCACGAUGGGACUGUUUCUACUGAGAGGGAGACUAUUACGAGGAGCCAUAGGGCGUAUGUAGACACAAAAGAGAACUCAGAGUUUUCUAAGACUCAUACUGCUUCCUCUGUUACUGUGUUGGAGGAGAAGGUUACAGACUUCGAUUUAAGUACUAUUGGAUUACAUAAGACACCAAAGGGAAUGGUUGAGCUAUCGUCAAGUUAUGAAAGUAGAACAAGUGGUAUGGAACAUUCAUUAGCAGCCAGGGGAGAUCUUUGGAGAGUAGAAGCUUCUAUUUCAAGCUCCCCUACGAGAGAUGAUAGCUCGUCUCUCUUUCUACUCCAACUCGGACCUUUGUUAUUUCUGCGUGAUUCAACUCUUCUCUUACCUGUUCAUUUAUCAAAGCAACACUUGCUCUGGUACGGAUAUGAUAGAAAGAAAGGUAUGCAUUCACUCUGUCCAGCUUUGUGGUCAAAGCAUCGAAGAUGGCUUAUGAUGUCCAUGCUCUGCCUCAAUCCUUUAGAUUGCUCAUUUGUAGACUUGCAAUUUCCAAAUGGACAAUUAACAUAUGUAUGUGGUGAGGGAUUGACGACAAGUGUCUUUGUUCCUUUAUGCGGUGGUCUUCUUCAAGCGCAAGGUCAAUAUCCAGGAGAUAUGAGAUUUAGUUUCUCCUGCAAGAGUAAAAAGGGAACACGAAUCACACCAAUGGUAAAUUGGCCUGACAAAUCAUUUGCAUUGGGUGUUUCUCAAGCCUUGGUUUGGCGUAGGUCCGGUCUCAUGUUGAAACCUGCAAUUCAACUUAGCAUGUGCUCUACAUUUGGUGGAAGCAAUCCCGGGGUGAGAACCGAAGUUAUUCACUCGUUGAACGAUAAUAUCAAUAUGAUAUGUGGCUUCGCAUUCACAGCUCAUCCUUCAACAUUUGCAUCUGUUUCCUUUGGUCGGUCAAAGUGGAAUGGGAACAUUGGACGAACCGGAAUAGUUGUUAGAGCUGAUACUUCUCUUCCAACCGUUGCUCGACCUUCUUUCUCCAUUCAGAUUAACAAUGCUUUCGAGUUCUAAAAAUAUUAAAUCAAGCAAGAAAAAAAAGAAAAUUAUACAAUUCAUUACUCAAUCUUCACAUCGGUCGAGACUUGUGACUCGCUGUCUUGUGACAAAACCUCGAAGGCCUUAAACCUCAUUGCAGCUGAACCACUUGGAUCUGCUUCACGUUUCACCAGUGGUGGUUGGACUUUGAUUUUUCCUUCCAGCAUUUUUACAACAGAUG